AAAGAAAGACUUAGUAAAAGUCUUCUCUAAUGCAAUCUAUGAAAUUUGGGUGUUCCUUCCUUAACCGCGCAGGGUAGAUUCAUAAACAUUUUCCAGAUCUCUCAUCUGGCCCUAAAUAUGUAAAUCACGGGACCCGGAAAUACAGGAGCACCCGUAUAUGCUGUCACUUGAGACGGAAGCGGCGGCGGCAAUAAGGCAACUGUGUAUGCUGCAUGAUAGGCUGGCGUGUAGGCUUCAGAUGGAUCACCAUGGGAAUAACAUAUAGGAUCUUACCAGGUCACACAGGCUGCUGUGGGUAUAGAAAUGAUGGAUGCGAUACUUGAGGUAGUGCCGAAAAUUUGUCAGUUAGGGAAACGACUUGUGCAGGUGGACAUCAUACGCAAUGACCUGGAUGGUGUGCGGCAGGACCUACAGAACACUGUCGAUGACAUGAAGCGAAUGGUAAAGAAUGAGGAGGCAGACCCUAGAAAGAAGCGUAAGAAUGUUGUGGUUGCCUACUUUAGGCAAGCAGAAGGGUACAUAGGUUCAGCACAAUCAGUGUUAAACAGUCUCCAGGAUGAGUCGUGGUUGCUGAAGCGUAUGAUGUGGGUGCUGAGCAUUGAGCGACACCUAAGGGAAGGACAGGAGCUUUUGGAUAAGGGUAACCAGUUGCAAGGGCAAGGCUUAACAAACAACGGGAUUAGAAAGCGUGGAGAGAAGUUACCCAUGGUGGAGGAUCAGUACAUUGGCACGACGUUGUCUGGGAUAAGGGAUUCAGCUUAUCAAGCCAUGACAGGAGGUCGUGCUCAAUGCAUUGGUAUCUAUGGCCACAGAGGAGCCGGAAAGACCAAUCUCAUGAAGCACCUGUACAACAAAGCCUUUGAAGAUGUACAGGAAUUCGAGGCUGUAUUUUGGGCCAAGGCACCAGAUAUAGAGCCUGAUCAAAGGAACUACAACAAGGCCUUGCAGAAUUGCGUGGCUGAUGGGAUGUUUGUUGAUUUGGACAACAAUGAUGCACACGAUGAGGUGAGAUGUGCAGGCAGGAUAAUGGCGAGACUCCAGGAGAUAGGCCAGGGUCGUGCAGUUUUCUUCCUUGACAAUGUGAAGGAGGACUUUCCAGCUUAUGAAUUGCUUGGAAUACCGUCUCAAAUGACCCCAGAAAGUACUGGUGUGAACUGCAUCCUGGUGUUUAGUACACUGUCCAAAGACGUAUGCAACAGGAUGAAGUGUGACCACACCAUCAAGUUGGAGCUGUUGGAGGAAGAAGAAGCAAAGGAUCUGUUCCUACAUGAAGUGAAACUUGAUAAUGAUCAAUUGUUCUCAAGACGAGAUCAGGAAAGGACCAAAAAAGUAGCAAUCCAAGUCGCAAAAGAGUGUGCAAGAAUGCCACUGGCCAUCAUCAUCAUAGCCCGGUCUAUGUCAGGGAUUGAAGAUCAUCGAGAAUGGAACAACCGAUUGAAUGAGAUGGUAGGCACCAUUUCCAGCAUCAACAAGGAAGAGGACAUUAUAUUGGAGCAGCUCAAAUUUGGGUACUAUUGCUUAAAAGAUAGUACUGUCCAGCGCUGCUUUCUGGCAGCAGCAAAAUUGUUACCUAAUGAUUGUCAAGUUGCCAAACGCAUAAUCAUUGAUAAGUGGAAAAAUUGCGGGCUAAUUGGCAAAGACAGAGAAGAAAUGUAUGUAGAUGAUCAGGGUCAUGUGAUAUUGAAUCGACUUGAAAGAAUGUGCUUAAUUCAAGUUGCACCAGACAAACAAACAGUGACUAUGAAUAAGUGGAUCAGAAAAAUGGCAGAUACUGUUUCUUAGCUUGUUCAGAGCUGAGAUUGCAAUUUGCAGGGAGUUUAGCAGCUUGGUUAUUCAUGCAUGGUAUUUUCCCUAGCUAGUCGAACAAUUAUGAGUUUAGUUAUUACAAUUUAGUGUGUGUGUGUUUUUUUUUUUUUUUCAAAGACGAAUUUUGUGUUUCUACUAUUACAGUUUAUAUAGAUUUGAACAAUUAUGAGUUUC